GCUGUUAAGCUGAGGACCCUUUCAAAGUACUCAAAUAAGAAGUCUAGGGUGCUUUCAGGUCUAGUUAUGAACUCGGGGUGAGGCGGCGAGAAAAGGCCUCUAUCACUCAAACCUAGGGGUGUCUAAUUCAAGUGUCCCCUACUCCUGACUCCUCCAAUUUAUUGCCUUAGUCCUUAGGAAAAAACUAUGGAUGAAGCCAGCGCAGAAAAUGGGGCCUUGGCCUUUUAAGCAUGUGCUCCAGGCGGCGGAGCCUCAGACAGAAGUCUUAGGAUUUGGAUCAUACAGCGGAUGUCCAGUUACACGCCUGGGGAGAGACUCUGGAGGAAGCAUUUGAGCAAUGUGCAAUGGCCAUGUUUGGUUACAUGACAGAUACUGGGACAGUGGAGCCCCUGCAAACAGUAGAAGUAGAAACCCAAGGAGAUGACUUACAAUCUCUUCUGUUUCACUUUUUGGAUGAGUGGCUUUAUAAGUUUAGUGCUGAUGAAUACUUCAUACCCAGGGAAGUGAAAGUACUUAAUAUCGAUCAAAGAAAUUUCAAAUUACGAUCCAUUGGGUGGGGAGAAGAAUUCUCAUUGUCCAAACACCCUCAGGGAACUGAAGUCAAGGCAAUAACAUAUUCAGCAAUGCAGGUCUAUAAUGAAGAGAAGCCAGAAGUUUUUGUGAUCAUUGACAUUUAAGACACCAAAAAAAAAAAAAAAAAAAAAAGACUCCUAUGAAGAACUGUUUUUUCUCUUCCUUUUGAGAAGAUAUCAUGAUUUAAAUUCUACACUACAGUAUCUGUUGAAAUAUGGAGAUUUGCAGAACAGAAAAUUUUAACUUAAAGUGUGACUUUCAGAAAUGGAAAAUCAGAGCACAGCCUUGGUCUAUGUUACUCAAAUAUUCAAACUUUAAAGAAUUCUUCGGGUGGCAAGUAUGGUUCCUCAUUUAUUAAUUCCCUGCUGUAGCAGCAGGUGCGUCACACCCUUCCAGUGGAAUGCAGGCCCUCCAGGGGUCCCAAAAGGGAUCACUGAUGUAAGCAGCAAGCCAAGAGACUCCAAAGCCUCUGUGUUCUUACUGAAUCCAGUUUGAAAAAAAAAUAAUUUGAGAAAUCCUACACCCAGUAUUUUGCUUUUCUUCCGCAUUGGUUAAGACAUCUAUUUUCUGUAUGUUCAUUAAGAGAGGUUGUGUUUUAGAUUGCUGUAGGACAGAGCCAUUCUGUAUUCCAGUUGGUUUUCUUAG